CACUUCAGGUCUACACACAUGCUUGGAUGAGUCGACUUCAGUGACUGCGGAUACCAUUCUUAGUCUUCCAUGGGCAUUGCUGAUUAUUCAUUGUAUUUCGAUUGGAUGCUGAGAAGGUGCUGCUGGCUUUCUUCUUGAGAUCUACUCCUGCAUAGCCUCCAGAUUUCUACAUUCCCUUAUUUAAGGGGCAAAGGGGGGACCUUCAUACGUUUGUGGAUCUUCACUGAAUCUCCAAGAUGGAUAGACCGUGAAUUUCCCUUCCUUUCUUUGACUCUAUCCUCGCAGCCCCAUGGCUGACUGAGUAGUGACUCUUUAGUACGUCACCUUCCAUUCCAAAUUCCAGACAACAACUACAGUGCCAACACAAUGCAGAGGCAAGUGGAGGUCAGAAUGCAUGAAAGCCAUUUGGAGCCCAUCGUGGAGCCUCCUCAGCCUAUGUGUUGGGGAAUAUGCAGCAAAAUCAUGAAUAACUUGGUCCUUUUCCUCACCAUCCUUGGUGUGAUCACAGGCUCUGUUUCGGGAAUACUACUGCGUCCCAUGUCGCCGCUCCCCCCUGAUGUGGUCAUGAUCAUCUCGUUCCCAGGAGACAUCCUGAUGAGGAUGCUGAAGAUGCUCAUCCUGCCCCUGAUCAUCUCCAGUCUCAUCACAGGACUGGCAGGGUUGGAUGCCAAGUCCAGUGGCCGCCUGGGCACCCGAGCCAUGGUGUACUACAUGUCCACCACAGUCAUCGCUGCCGCUCUGGGUGUCAUUCUGGUGCUGCUCAUUCACCCAGGUAACCCCAAGCUGAAGUCUAACCUCGGGCCUGGCAAGAAGAACGAUGACGUCUCCAGUCUGGACGCCUUCUUCGAUCUAAUUCGAAACCUUUUCCCAGAAAACCUGGUUCAGGCCUGCUUCCAGCAGAUCCAGACAGUCACCACAAAAGUCCCCGUACCUACCAACAGGACCAGGGGUCCACCACAGUUCACCAUCAAAAGGGCUCUUCAGUACAAGAGUGGGAUGAAUGUGCUAGGUUUGAUCGGUUUCUUUGUGGCUUUCGGGAUAAUCAUGGGGAAGAUGGGAGAAAAGGCCAAGCUCAUGCUGGAGUUUUUUAACGUUCUCAACGAGAUCGUCAUGAGGAUUGUUGGCAUGAUUAUGUGGUAUUCCCCUUUCGGUAUCGCCUGUCUCAUCUGUGGGAAGAUCAUCUCAAUCGAUGAUCUGGAAAUGGUUGCCAGGCAACUGGGAAUGUACAUGGUGACCGUGAUCGUGGGCCUUGUCAUCCACGGUGCCAUAUUUCUACCGCUAAUAUACUUAGUCAUCGUGAAGAAAAACCCCUAUGUCUUCUUCAUGGGAAUCUUCCAGGCCUGGGUCACCGCUAUUGGGACAGCAUCUAGUGCUGGUACCCUGCCAGUCACAUUCCGCUGUCUGGAGGAGAACUUGGGCAUCGAUAAGCGAGUGACACGAUUCGUGCUCCCCGUGGGCGCCACUAUCAACAUGGACGGCACUGCGCUUUACGAGGCCGUGGCAGCCAUCUUCAUCGCCCAGAUGAAUAACAUCGACCUCGACUACGGCCAGAUCGUCACUGUCAGCCUGACAGCAACCUUGGCCAGUGUGGGAGCGGCCAGUAUCCCCAGUGCUGGAUUGGUGACCAUGCUACUGAUCCUAACAGCCGUUGGGUUACCCACCCAAGACAUCAGUCUGUUGGUGGCUGUUGACUGGCUGCUGGAUCGGUUCCGAACCUCCGUCAACGUGGUUGGGGACUCCUACGGGGCCGGUAUCGUUUACCACCUGUCCAAAGACGAGCUCGAUGCGUUUGACGCGGCGCAAAAAGUUGAUGAAUUUGAGUUGACAAAAUCCCAAUCGUUCUUCGAGAACAACACCAACCAGUGUGUUUACGCUGCAGCCCACAGCACAGUCAUGAUAGAUGAUUGCAAGGUAUCCAUGGGCAAUGGAAACGGCCACCCCAACGGCCACCCCAACACUGCAGAUUUCUCUCUUGUUGAGGAGGAACCAUGGAAACGAGAGUGAAGCAGCACCCUGCUCCGACCUCAUCCUGACUUCCACAAGCUUCCCUUCCUGACCAAAAUAAAGAACGUAACCACACUUAGCCCUGUAAUCACAAGCUUUGGUGCAUCAGUCUUACUUCCUGUGGUCUGACUAUGGUCAGUUCAUUGACUAUGGGAUGAAGCUCCCCUCCCACAAAGACAACGUAGGUACGCAUCCACUUGUACCUAUCUUAAACAAUUAGAUUAGGACUUCCAAAUGACAUUGCUUAAGCUGUGCUGGUGAUUUUUAAGGCAUUGUUUAGUAUAAUGGACCCAUUCAGGUGGUUGUAUUCUGAACCUUACUCGACAGUGCAUGUUCUCUGAUAUACGCAAUGCCGCACUUUUGUUGCUGCUCAACCUUUUGGGGGAAAAGCAAUCCUUCUGUCUGUUUUAUGUAUAAAAAAUGUAGGGAUUUUGUUAGCGCCAGAGGCAGUUCAGCGAACGUGUGCUUAUGGGAUGUGGCCUUGCCAGUUGUAUACAAGGACCAGUUGAGGAGUGUUAUGAUGAGAAGCCCCUCCAUGGAGAACCCUCCUGUCAGUCACUACUAUUCCUAUUCCUGACCCUGCACAACCUUAUAACAAUAUGUUCCAGAAACGCUUGAUGUUCCAGGGGUUGCUAGAUAUUCAGUGGUGGUCGAUUCACUUUUCUUUGGUUUCCAGAGUGGCUUUGACGCUUUCUAAACCUGCUGCCUUCUAAUAGCACUAAGAAUGAAAUAACUUAAAGAGCCUUGGUAAUGCACAUUUUCUUAAAGAUAUAAAAAUGGCAAAAACGUCAAAGCAAACACUGAACUAUCUCAAAAAGCCCUUGACUUUACUACUGCCUCUUGUUGCAGUCAACCAAUAGCAGCAAACAGGUUCUGAAAUCGUUAACGUAACAACAUCCCGCAGCAAAGGGAAGCAGAAUGUUGACCAUGUGGCUCCCCCUAGUGACAGAAUAAAAACAAGUGUUGGGUGUGUUGAAGGAGCUACAAUACCUUUGACUUAGAGGAUUAAACUCUGGCAUCGGCACACAUGAUCAGCCUCUAAGCACUGGAGCUUACCUCUGGACUUAACAUCACUAAAUGCCUCCAAAUGUGGCUGCUGCGUAUUUAUAGACAGCCAAAGACGCAAGGUGCAUAUGGACAGCAUUAACAAGACAUGUGCAGAGGCAGGAAGAGAAUUUAAUGUGUUCCCUCCCCUGGCUGUAAGAGGACAAACACACCAACAAUCAAUAUAUUCUAUAUGUUUUUGUGUGUCUGUAUAUAACGUAUACGUGCAUUCGAGUGUGUGUGAAUGUGUGUGUCAAAGAAAGAGUGAAAAAGAGAGAGAGAACAAAAGACAGAAUAAGAGAUGGUAGAGAGAGAGUAAGAGAUGGUAGAGAGAGAGUAAGAGAUGUCAGGUAGAGAGAGAGUAAGAUAUGGUAGAGAGUGAGUAGGAGAUGGUAGAGAGAGAGAGAGUAAGAGAGAGUAAGAGAUGGUAGAGAGAGAGAGUAAGAGAUGGUAGAGAGAGAGUAGAUGGUAGAGAGAGAGAAGGAGAUGGUAGAGAGAAUAAGAGAUGGUAGAGAGAGUAAGAGAUGGUAGAGAGAGAGAGAGUAAGAGUUGGCAGAGAGAGAGUAAGAGAUGGUAGAGAGAGAGAGAGAGUAAGAGAUGGUAGAGAGAGAGUAAGAGAUGAUAGAGAGUAAGAGAUGAUAGAGAGAGAGUAAGAGAUGGUAGAGAGAGUAAGAGAUGGUAGAGAGAGAGAGUAAGAGAUGGUAGAGAGAGUAAGAGAUGGUAGAGAGAGUAAGAGAUGGUAGAGAGAGGGAGUAAGAGAUGGUAGAGAGAUGGUAGAGGGAGAGUAGGAGAUGGUAGAGAGAGGGAGUAAGAGAUGGUAGAGAGAUGGUAGAGGGAGAGUAGGAGAUGGUAGAGAGAUGGUAGAGAGAUGGUAGAGAGAGGGAGUAGGAGAUGGUAGAGAGGGAGUAGGAGAUGGUAGAGAGAGGGAGUAAGAGAUGGUAGAGAGAUGGUAGAGGGAGAGUAGGAGACGGUAGAGAGAGGGAGUAAGAGAUGGUAGAGAGAUGGUAGAGGGAGAGUAGGAGAUGGUAGAGAGAUGGUAGAGAGAUGGUAGAGAGAGGGAGUAGGAGAUGGUAGAGAGGGAGUAGGAGAUGGUAGAGAGAGGGAGUAAGAGAUGGUAGAGAGAUGGUAGAGGGAGAGUAGGAGACGGUAGAGAGAGGGAGUAAGAGAUGGUAGAGAGAUGGUAGAGGGAGAGUAGGAGAUGGUAGAGGGAAUAUAGGCUUGUAAGCCGGUCGGCCCUGAAAGUCAGUGCUUUGUGUGUUUGUAUUUCUAUGCUAAACGACAACCUUGCCUUGUCAACCACAAUCUGUUCAGUCAGUCAGCAUGAUGAUUACGACAAUGUUAAUUACAGUCAAAUAAUCCAUAUCAACAGAAAAUUUGCCCUUCAAUUUGGAUUUGAAAAGUUCAGCUCCAUCUCCAGCAUGCUCAUUUGUGACUCUGAAAGAAAGGAAGGCCGGUCCUCCCUUUACUUCCUCUAAUGUAUGUCGUUUCAACAUGAUAAAUACAAAGACUGAAAAAGUAGCUUGCAAUUACAGAUAGGACUAUUUGGAGCUCGGUGUGUGUGUGUCCAGCACUGCACUGUACAAACCUCUGUACCUGGACCAGUAAGGUUAUAUAACAAGAAGACCAUAACCUAGCAGUGGAUGCUGGGUAGAAUCUCAAUAGGGAACUGAUCUUUACAGCAGUACUGGGUCUCAGAAACACUCUGAGGACGGAACCUGUUGAAGAGCAGCGUUAUCUUACAUCUCCAUGUUCAAAGUGCCUCCUUGCACUUUGUGGAUAUAACAUAUACUAGAUCCAGGUAGAUAUUUAGGUGAAACGUUCUGUAGUGAAUCCUAAACAAAUAUGAUCUCCCAGAGGGUUCUGCUCAGGGUUUCUAUAACGAUAGGAAAACCAUAUGCAAAUGUAGAACUACGUUGUUUGUCCUUUUAUUUUUGGGUAGUAGUCUACUAGUCUCACAGAGAUAUUAACUUUCCAAUGUUAGGUUCUUAUUUUUCAGAGUAAAUAACCCACGGACACUAGAGAAGCUUUAACCAAGUUGAAUUCUUCCCAAAGGUUCUGUACAGCUGUAAUCAGACAACCCAACAUUUGUCCCAUCCAGAUAUUUAUAUCCCACUUAAGACACUCCCUCUCUCCAAUCCUUACAGUAUAUGCCCAACAGGAAGAAGGUAACCAGAUAAGAAACCCUGAUUACUGACCUCAACCCCUCCUUCACCUAAUCCACAGAUGUCCAUCUGUCUUCCCUGUAUCAAACACUUCACCCUCCUCUCCUCUAUCAAACACAUUCCACAGAGAACCCUUAACUUUCUCCUUCUGUCUGUUCACAGAGAACCCUUAACUUUCUCCUUCUGUCUGUCCACAGAGAACCCUUAACUUUCUCCUUCUGUCUGUCCACAGAGAACCCUUAACUUUCUCCUUCUGUCUGUCCACAGAGAACCCUUAACUUUCUCCUUCUGUCUGUCCACAGAGAACCCUUAACUUUCUCCUUCUGUCUGUCCACAGCGAACCCUUAACUUUCUCCUUCUGUCUGUCCACAGAGAACCCUUAACUUUCUCCGUUGAUUCUAUGCUUCUUCUCUAUCAUGUAUCUAAUAUCUCAAUGUUCAACAUGUUGAAUCCAACACCAAUAUACAUAUGGAAUCGUUUGGUCUUUUCAGGGAGACAGAUGUAGUUAAUACUCUUAAUGCAGACACAGAAUGAUCCAGAAAAUGGGCUGAAAAGAGAGGAACAAUAAGAGAAAGAAGUGCUGUAUUUUCCACCAAUAUGGACUGGGUGGUGUUAUUUUAGUGUUUGUUUUACAGUAUCGUUGUUACUUUUGUUGUUAGGUUGACAAGAUAAGAGGGAAAAGUCCAAUUAAAGGUGUAGCUUUCUCAGAGUGGCAUCAAGACGACAGGGGCAGGCAUCAACAGAGCUUUGGUGCUGGCAGCUACUGUAUGUAUGUACGUUAGCUGAAUAUCAGGUUCAGGCAACAUUUUUUCAGGCAACCUAUGCACCUAUGCAAAAUGCUCUUGAGUCUUGUCCAGACAUAGCUGAACACUGUUAAACAUCAGUGCUUCAUAAAUUCACUUUAAAUGUUUUCUUUCUCAGUUUGGCUUUUUCCUCUUUUUAUUUUUCUAUGAAUACCUGUUGAAAUGUACAUUUAGACCUUCUUCUGCUGUCUAUUUUCUAUCCUGGAUUUUGAUUCAAUGCACAUAUGUGUCCAAGAACGUGUUGGAACAUUCUUCCUCAUUGUUGUGUAAUCUGUCUGAUGUUGACUGUGUGAAUAUGUGGUUCUAGAAUCUGUCUGAUGUUGACUGUGUGAAUGUGUGAUUCUAGAAUCUGUCUGAUGUUGACUGUGUGAAUGUGUGGUUCUAGAAUCUGUCUGAUGUUGACUGUGUGAAUGUGUGGUUCUAGAAUCUGUCUGAUGUUGACUGUGUGAAUAUGUGGUUCUAGAAUCUGUCUGAUGUUGACUGUGUGAAUGUGUGAUUCUAGAAUCUGUCUGAUGUUAACUGUGUGAAUGUGUGGUUCUAGAAUCUGUCUGAUGUUGACUGUGUGAAUGUGUGAUUCUAGAAUCUGUCUGAUGUUGACUGUGUGAAUGUGUGGUUCUAGAAUCUGUCUGAUGUUGACUGUGUGAAUGUGUGGUUCUAGAAUCUGUCUGAUGUUGACUGUGUGAAUGUGUGAUUCUAGAAUCUGUCUGAUGUUGACUGUGCGUAUGUGUGGUUCAAGAAUCUGUCUGAUGUUGACUGUGUGUGAGUGAACUAAAGAAAGUAUGAAUUUAAUUUGUCUAAAACGUAAAAAUAUCAUUUUCUCUGUCAGACAAAUGGACUAAAAGUGUGGUAAAGUGUUUUACUACUUCUUGUGUACAUAUAAUUAUGGAAACCAAUAAAUGUUGAAAUGAAAAAUGAAAAA